CCAAUUGCCGAUUUCUGUUUCUGCCAUCGUUCCAUAAGUCGCCCCAGGUGAUUUCCGUUUUCAUUUCCUUGCAAAGUAGUUGAAGGAAAGGCACAGUUGUUUGACGCAUCUGGAAUCUUUGCUGAAUCCCCUCCAAGUGUUUCCAUAGUCUUUGUAGUUGAACCGCACAAGGCAACAAAUAUUCAGUUAUCGCUCGAGGGUCUUCGUGUCACCUACAGGAAGAUACAGUUUUGCCCUGAUGCACCCUCUGCAUCCUUACACUGCUAGCUGAGCAACGUCAGUUAUUCCCCGGUAUCGAAGCGCCGAGAACAGGCGUAGGGCAUGAACGGUGGAUAUCUCGCACAUGGGGGGUUGGACCCGGCAGAUGCAGACGCAGGACGAGGACAGUACCUCUAUCGGACCGAAACUCAAUCAUCUGGCCGCAGCCGCAACAGCUUGGAUGGGUCGGAGGGAGCGCCUUCACCAAUAGGAACGGCGUUUAUAGGGAGAGGGGCGUCCCAGAAUUCAUACUCGCGGGGAUCUUUUCAAGACAGUUCUCACCGUGGCUCGAUAUCAUCAGAAAGCUCAGGAAGGCAACGUUCACCACCCUUGCCCAAUAGCACACCACAAAGCAUGCCCGCUACAAAGCCAAGAGACGAUGUUAUCCCCUCCCUUCCUCCACCGACCUUAAGAAGCCCCCUCUAUUCAGCUGAUGCGAUGGUAUUGCUAUUUCCGCACCUUAUUGACGCCAUCGCGGGUAGCUUACCAGCUGAUGCGUGGGAGUGGGCAUCGACAGAAAUUGCCGCACCUGUUAUUUCCGUGAAAGAGGAUGUCAAGGAAGAGAAGAAGGCCCCCGAAACUGUGGAGUCAGUAUUACAAAAGGAUGGGAGAGGGCAUGUGGUGUGGAAUAUGGUGGAAACGGAACGAAAUUACGUGUCACAGCUCGGAAUACUGCAAAAUAUUUUUCGUCAACGAUUAUUGGAUCAAGGGAUAUUAUCUGAGACAGCGGUCAACCUUAUUUUUGCGGGCAUAGAUGAUCUGCAUGUAUUCCAUUUGAAGUUCAGUGCCGAACUGGAGAAGCUUGUUGCAGUUGGGUCAUGGUCUACCAAGGAGACACGAAUUGGGGAGUUGUUUAUUCGCUACAAAGACGAUCUGGUGCGGAUAUACACGAAAUUCAUUGACAGUUACGCUAUGUCGCAGAAGCUUAUGAAAAGGGAGGAGAAGGAGAAUGCUGAGUAUCAAGCAUUCAUGAAGGAUGCGGUGAAAUUGAAGGAAACUGGUCGUCAGCAGCUGAAGGAUUUCUUCAUUUUGCCUGUCCAGCGGACGGCGAGAUACCAUCUUUUGCUGAAAGAUCUGAAAAAGCGAACAGACGAAUCGCAUCCCGAUUACCAAGAUCUACAAACUGCAUGGGAGGCCAUGAAUGAACUCGCUGCAUCCGUGAACGAAAAGAAACGCAAAGAAGAAGAGGCAACCGGUCUUUUCGAAGCAUUCGAACAAACGAAAAAUUGUCCUCCAACCCUCAUCAAACACACACGUAAACUAGUCCUCAACGCGGACGUUGUGGACCACCGCACUGCAAAAGUUAUGCAUUUGUUUUUAUGCUCGGAUCUGCUCAUGGUCACACAUCCGAUUGGAAAAGGAGUCCUUCCGUUCGGACGGGAUAAGGCGGAACAUCUGUACAAGUUUGUACGAUGGCUGGAUUUAUUGGAGAUUGAGGCGGAGUAUAUGGGCGGUCAAGGAGAAGCAUAUCGAGACGUGGUAAAAGUCACCCAUGAUCCGAGCAAACGCGACCCGAGUGAUUCCAGCACUCAGCCCCUCGAGCCUGGCGGAUUCUCAAUGCUCGUGAGAUUCGAAGGAAUGGACGCUACCAAAAAUCGAAAAGAUUUCUUAAUGGCGAUCCAGUCGGAGAUCAAAAAGAAUCAAGAGACGAGGAGAAAAGAUGGGACAUGAAGUCUUCUGUAGGGGAUGUAGGGGAUGAGGCCUCCUGCCGAGAAAAUCCGCCGCAUUAUUUUGGCUGGUGCUUUACGCCUUUGGAAGGGUUUUAUGGUUGCUGGUGGUUGAAAGGCGACCUUGGUGUUUACAGGACCUUAAUCUUCGUAUAGGGCUAGUCUUAGUCAGGUUCUUAUGUAGUAGAAACAUGCUCCAAUUGACAUUAUAAUUUUUGGAGCCCUCCUGACGGGAUCCGCUGGGUUUUCCGAUGUGAACAGAAUGGGGAAGUCUUUCAACAUG